AUGGCGUCUUCAUGUAAACAAAAGAAUUUGAGUCACAAGUGUUGCGCGGCUGCUCUUUGCAAUAAUCGUUCAGAUAACCGACCAGAUUUAAUUUUUCAUAAUUUCCCUCUGGACGAAAACCUUAAGAAAAUCUGGGAUCAAAAAAUGAAGCGUGGCGACAAAAAAUUUGCCUCGAACAGCUCACUCUUCUGCUGUUCUGAGCAUUUUGGUGACAAGGACUACAGGAAAAGCCUUACCGGCAAAAGACGUGAUCUUGUAAAGAGUGCUGUUCCUUCCGUUUUCCCAUGGUCAGUUGGCAAUGACGAAGCCUCUGAAAGGUCCGAAAAAGCCAAAAGUCGGGAAUGCCAAAGGAUUAAACUUUCUGCGAUCCCAUCCAAGAGUAUGGAAAAUAAACAUCACCCAUACGAUGCACCUGACAUCUCUGCAAAGGACACUCAAGACGAAGAUUCAGGUGAAAAACCAUUCGAUGAAGAGAGAGAGUUGGUUGCCGAGAAUUAUGAACUUAAACAAAAGCUGUUUCUUUCAAAAUUUGGUUUGGAGAGGUUUGGAUCGAAUGAUGAUGACAUAUUUUUCUACACAGGAUUUCAGAGUUACCGAGCUUUGAUGGCAUUUUGGAACUUUAUUAAACCUUUUUCUGAGUCACUGAUGUCGUGGAACACAGCACGCGAAAAAGUGAAAGAAAGCUCCGCAAACAAUGCCAAUCCAUUUCCUUUUUUGCAAGGACAGGAGAAACAAAGAAAUAGAAAGAGAGAAAUAGAGCCCAUCGAUCAGCUGUGGUUGUUUCUAACAAGGGUGCGUCUUGGCUUAUUCGAGCGUGACUUGGCACACAGAUUUAGUGUCUCUGUAAGUACAGUGUCUGAUGUCUUUAUUACUUGGGCAAACUACCUUUACAUAAUGUUGGGAAGUUUGCCUGUAUGGCCUUCAAGAGACAAAAUAAAACAACACUUGCCAGAUUCUUUUAAAGGAAGGUAUGAAAACGUACGUGGAAUUCUUGAUUGCACAGAGCUGAAAUGUGAGUUACCCAAGGAUUAUCAGAAGCACUCAGAAAUGUACUCAGACUAUAAAUCUCACGACACAUUUAAAGGGCUCAUCUGCAUUUCACCGAGUGGAUGGAUAACAUUUGUUAGUCAGUUGUAUCCAGGGAGAAUAAGUGAUAAGGAAAUUGUGGAGAAGAGUAACUUCUGUCAGUUAAUUGAAAUGGGGGACCAGUACCUUGCAGACAAGGGCUUUGAGAUCCAUGACCUAAUGGCCCUCAGAGGAGCAAGUUUAUAUAUUCCUCCAAAGAGAUUUUCUGCCAAUGACCAGUUCACACAAAGCCAGUGUUUUGAGACCAUGAGUAUAGCAAAUGUGCGUAUUCAUGUUGAAAGAGCAAUUAAGCGAAUCAAGGCUUGGCAUAUUUGUAGUCAAGUUCUGCCUCUUUCCAGCUUUGGGUCCAUAAAUCAGAUCUGGACUGUAUGUGCUUUGUUAGUAAAUUUUCAAUAUCCAAUUAUUUCAGUUUAA